GGGUCUAAGUUUGGACGGGGAGUAGAAAAGCUUCUGGUGGAAUCAGUUAAUACUGGAAUAAGCAGAACUUGGUGACUCAGGGUUCUGUGGCAAGAUCAUUUUUUGGGUGGUUGGGGCUCCACUAUUUCAGUGAAAUGAGCAACAUAUCUGAAGCCCUUUCCAACAUAACAAACUCAGGAUGGCAUCCACCUCCAUGGUAUCAAUUUGAAGCAUGCUCGGUGGCUCCUUACGCCUUCGUCUUCUACUAUGGGGUGAAAGUUCUGAACCUGUUUGUGGGCUUUCCCACCAACACGCUGGUGAUGUGGCAUAUCGUCAAGCAUAAAAACGAGGGCUCUACGUCUGACAUAUUCAUCUUUAACCUGGCUUUGCUCGAUGCCUUCUUCUGUCUCAUGACUCCUGUGGACAUGCUCAACCGGCUCUGGCUGAAUGACGACUCGACCUGGUACUUCCAACGCUUUUCUUACGGAGUCAAAGACAUGACACCGCUUUUCCUCACCUGCAUCUGCUUGGACAGGUACAUCGCUGUGGUCCACCCCAUCGUGUUCACUGGCAUCCGUGACAACCGCAUCCGAACAGGCAUCUCAGUGGUGGUCUGGGGCCUGGUUCUGGCCUACGCGCUGGCCAAGUGCCUUAUUGGAGUGCUGAGCGUAUCUGAGGUGUUCGGCGGCCUCAUCCUAUUUGCCUUCUUCCUCAUGGUCUUCUGCAACCUGUCCAUCAUCUGGGUGCUGCGCAAAAGCGUGGCAGGCAAAGAGGUCAUGAACCCUGUGAAAAAGAAGGCCUUCAAGAUGGUCACCAUCGUCCUGGCCAUCAUCGUGGUCAACUACCUGCCGCCCGUGGCUCUGAUCCCCUUUGCCUCCACCUUUUCGUUCGUGGACUUUAGAUGUAAGAUCAGCCUCUCUGUCUUCUCCAUCAUGGACCUGAGCUGCACCAUCGAGCCGCUGCUCUACAUGAGCAAGAUGGAGAAACUGGCCCUCUGCCCAUGUCUGAAAGGGCCUGCAACCAAAACCAAUAAUGUUAACGGAUGAAAGCAAAACAUGAGUCAAUUCAGAACAAUUUUCUUAAUUAUAAUGAUUAUAUACACAGUGCUCAGUUGAUAAAGAUCAUCUGCAUCUGUUGAGUAUGUUGUAAACAUCAAUGGAGACCUUUUUAAAAGUCAGUUAAUCAGCAACUAGUUUACAACCGGUCUAUUUUGGGAGCCCUCUAUUUUAUUUUAUUUUUUUUAGGAAACAUCUUUAAUAUCCUUUAUUAUUUAUUCCUACAUUAACAUUCGGUUUUGAUUUUAGUCUUUAUUGUAACAUAGUUAAGUAAACUAAAUUUGUUUGAAACUUAUUGUUUUUGCUUAUGCUGAUAAUAUGACUGUACAGCCUUUGCACUGUCUUCAACAGAAUGUAGCCUCUAAAUUUAGCUUUUAACCCAUCAUUAGCAGUGAAAACAUACAUAUACAAGUGAGCACAUACUCUACACCCAGUAGCACCCAAAGAGAACCUGAGCUAACCUUUAAUUUAUUGCAUUCCACCUUAAUUGUCCUGGCAUUAUUCAUUUUACAAUUUACAAUUUAGCAUUAGAUGCAGUGAAUUUCCAAAGAUCAAAUCGCAGGAAUAAUUAACACUGUAAUAAGGCAAUAGAUGGUGAAUAUGUUUAGAUGGUUCUAUAUGUCUAAUAAAGCCUGGAUUAAAUAGCA